AUGAUUUGUGGCACUGACAAGAAUGACACGGAUAAUAGUAAUGAUAUCGAUGAAGUUCAGAUUUCUAGUCAAUCUGAGAACGUUUUCGGUGACGUCAUCCGAAACAUAUCCCGAGUCAACAAUGUACUGCAGGAGCUUAUAAGCAACUAUGAGCGACUUCAAGAAAUAUAUAAAUCGCAAGAAACACUACGGAAAGAAUCUUCAGAAAACGAUGAUGGCCCGUUUGAAAACAUGAAAAGCGAAAAAAAGAGGAAACACAAAUUAAAAACAAAGGAAAAGGAACUGUAUGUCACAACCCGUAACAGCUACUUUCCGGCAACGCAAAUGAUUUUUUCAGAAAGGGACAGUGCAGACGAAGAAGAAAAUGUAUCAAUUAGUAGUGAUUCGAGCGCAAGUGAUAAUGAAAUUCAAUCAGGAAAUGCGAAUAAGAAAUCAAUUGAAAAAACAUCGAAUAAAGCAGAAGUUGGAAACGAACAGAAUAAUAAAAGUGAUUUUGCAUCUAGCGAUUCUGAAGUCAGGUUAAAAAAGAAAAUUGACGAAAACAAAACAGAAAUAGUUUUCGUUGAUACACACAAAAACGAUAGCUUGGAUAAACUGAAUUCGAACAAUCAUUUAUUUGAUAAUUACAUUAAAAACACCGAUAAAAAUUUUAGACAAUACGUCGCCAUCACCAGCACAGUAAAGACAAGAUAUGACAAAAUUCGAUCAUACAAAAAAGGGCAGAAAUAUCUGGAAUCCAACGAUACGAGGUACAAUUUAGUGAAUCAUAAAGUUAAAACAGCGAAACGGGUCAAGAAGAUUCUACGAGCAGAAACGUUUGCAAACUUCUGGGACGACAUCAAAAACAAUAAACCAAUAAAGUUGGAAACUCAAGGGGAAAUCGAAUAUGAAGUUUUGGACGGUCGAAAUAAGGCGAAAGGCAUUAAAUUUUCUUUAACUACAAUACAAAAAGAGAAAGCUUUUCUUCCACAGAAAGAAAAUAGAGUAGAAACCACUGAAGAAUCAUCUGAAAAUGGAGACUUAAGUAAAGAAAUCUUCACGACCAGCGUUCUCAGACACGCGUAUGAAGACGCGUGUUUGAGGCAUGUCGUCAAAAAUUGUUAUACUGCCUGCAAAAAAACGAAGAAAUCCUUCUGCGGCAAAUACAGAUGCAAGUCCGCAUUCAAAACUGAAUUUCUCUCUGCAGCGAGGACCGGAUGUCUCAGAGAGUUCCAAGGGAAUGCGGUCAACAGUUCAUCUUCAGUUGAAAUCGAAAAGGAGCCAGCAAGAGAUCGACAAUUAGACACGUUCUGUUUGUCGCGUUUGCAUUCCGAACAUGAAGCGUUGAAACUCAGCAAAAACACAACUAAAAACAUAAUGAAUUCUAAUUCUUUUGGUGAUGUUCAUAUUCUGCGCGAUAAAUAUGAAAAAGCCUGCAAGGAACAUUCCGUGGAAAAGUGCCGAAACGCUUGCACGUUUAGUUCGAAGGAAGCUUGUAAGAAAUCGGAUUGUGGUCAUUCCAAAACGAAGUCUCUAAGGAGAUCUUGUAAAACUCAAUGCAGGUCCGCCUUUAAACUGUAUUCUGAAGAUUCGAGCGAUUCCGAUAGCAGCAGUAGUAGCAGUAGUGAGAGCAGUAGCAGCAGUAGCAGUGGCAGCAGUGAUGAUAACGAUAGCAACACGUCAAGAAGCGAUAGAAGUGAAGAUAAGACAAAGAAAACAAAGAAAAAUAAUUGAAUUUUCGAAUAAAGCCUGUUGACGAUA